UGCGCGGGAGGCAAGGGCGAGCUCCCCGCAGCCCCAGCCUUCCUCUGGGGCGGAGGCUUGGACGGGACCUUUGAAUGGCAACACCAGGAAAUAUUGCUAUCACUGCCUUCUGUCCUUCGGUUCAGGUUUCAGGCGCUGCCUUCGUGAAACUGUCAUUCCGCUUGGGUUUGAGCAGAGCAUGACUGUUCCGGUGGACUUUCGCCUCCCAUGGUUCUCUACCUGCCCCAGCCUGCGCCACCUUUAGACUAUUUCUGGGUGGCUGUGACCUCUUUUCUUGGGGUUUAAUAACGGAGAUGAUAUAUAUGCUUGAUUUUUAGCUUGUCAGGUGCUAUGCCAGGCAUUUAAGAUACAGAAGACAAUCCCGACCUCGAGGAACUCAGUCUUGUGAGAAUGACAGUUAUAAUACAGUGUGAAUUGAUAGAAGUGUAUAUACAGGGUUAUUCGAGAUUAUUUAGGGAAACAAGGCAUGCGGGAAAUUGGGAUGUCUGCACUGAAUCUUGAUAAAGUCGGUGGAAUUGGGUGAGGGUGGAAGGCAUGUGUAAAGGUGGAGGGCCAGGGAAAGUGACAGCUGUGCCGCGUUUGUGAUGCCUGAGCUCGACAGAAUUUGGGGGUGACAGGAGACACGUGUAAAGCUGGGAGGUCAGAGAGAGUGGGAGCCUUAAAGCACUGUUUCUGUGUGAUUGCAGCAUGAAGGAUCGGAGGGGGACUGCUGUUGUGAGAAGCCAGAGGCAAGCAGGUCCUUGGGCAGUAAAGAUAACUGAGAGAACUUUUAUGCCGGGCUAAGGAGUUUUGAUUUGGGGGCGGGGGGGCUAUGCUCGGGACAUGUGGAAGUUCCCUGGCCAGGGAUGGAAUCCACACCACAGCAGCAACCCAAUCCCCUGUAGUGACAGCAGCUGGAUCCUUAAUCUGCUGCACCACAAGAGAAUUUAAGUAGUUUUGAGUUUUAUCUGACUACCACUGGGGGUCUUUUUUUUUUUUAAGUGUUUGGCCUCACCUGUGGCACAUGGAAGUUCCAUGGCCAGGGGUUGCACCAUAGCUGUUGUAUAGUUAUGCUGUAGGCCACAGGGAAAGUCCAUGGGUGUCAUUUUAUAGAAAGGAGCGAUAUUAUCAGAUUACACCCUGAAAGAAUUCUCUGGAGCUGAUGCAGAGGAUGGAUUGGAAGGAUGUAGGCCUGGGUAAGGAGACAGUUGGAAGGGGAGAGAAGAGAGAUUUUAGAAGAUUAAGUCCCUGAAUUUGAUGGCUGCUUGAUAGGAGGAGGAAGGAAAAAGGAAGAAUCUGUACCAUUGGCAAGAUUUCUGGCUUGCUGUUGCAGGGAAAGCAUUGCUAUUGGACAAGGUGAGAAACACAGGAGGAGGAGCAGAAUGGAGGCAUGUGUUGGAUAGAAGGUUAGCUGAUGAAUUGCAUAUGCCAUCUCUCCCUGAAAUGAUGUUUGGAGACAAUGUUUUAAGAAUCCAGCAUGGCUCUGGCUUUGGGAUUGAAUUCAAUGCUACAGAUGCAUUAAGAUGUGUGAACAACUACCAAGGAAUGCUUAAAGUAGCCUGUGCUGAAGAGUGGCAGGAAAGCAGGACGGAGGGUGAACACUCUAAGGAGGUUAUUAAACCAUAUGAUUGGACCUAUACAACAGAUUAUAAGGGAACAUUACUUGGAGAAUCACUUAAGUUAAAGGUUGUACCUACAACAGAUCAUAUAGAUACAGAGAAAUUGAAAGCCAGAGAGCAGAUUAAGUUUUUUGAAGAAGUUCUUCUGUUUGAGGAUGAACUUCAUGAUCAUGGAGUUUCAAGCCUGAGUGUGAAAAUUAGAGUCAUGCCGUCAAGCUUCUUCUUACUGUUGCGGUUUUUCUUGAGAAUUGAUGGGGUACUUAUUAGAAUGAAUGAUACAAGACUUUACCAUGAGGCCGACAAGACCUACAUGUUACGAGAAUAUACAUCACGAGAGAGCAAAAUUUCUAAUUUAAUGCAUGUUUCACCUUCCCUCUUCACGGAACCUAAUGAAAUAUCACAGUAUUUACCGAUAAAGGAGGCGGUUUGUGAGAAGCUAAUAUUUCCAGAAAGAAUUGAUGCUAACCCUUCAGACUCAAAAGAAUGUACACCUAUGGAAUAGAAUGUGUUACAACAUAUACUCACCGUGGAAUCUGACUGGAGACCUUGGGGCUAUUUGGAGGAGGGUAUUUUUAUUAUGAGAUUUAAUUGCCUUGUCUAUGUGCAAAUUUUCUGUAGCCUUAAAGGAAAAAAAAUAAAAGAUUGUUACAGGCAGGUUCCACUCAACUGCCAUUUGUACUCUCUGUCUUCAAAUUCAUAUGCCAGGUUUAUAUUUUCUGGAGUUUAAUUCGGAUUUCUAAAUUGUUACAAAAUGGGGUCUCACCAGUAGGAGGUGAUGUGUGUUUGUCUCAGGAACAGUGGACACGACUUGUAUCCAUCAUGAAAUGCUGUCUUCUACCAUGGGGAGGUUAAUUUAAAUCACUGAAUGAUGACCUUGUAACUUUCAUAGGAUUCCUAAUCAUGCAUGUUGAUGUACUGGUUCUUUACCUUGGGCUUUUUGGUGUUUAUUCGCACUUGUGGAGAGUCAUGACUUGCCUCCUAGAAAACUGACCUCAAAUGAUUUAUACCCCAAAAUUAAAAAAAAAGUUACCCCUCUAAAUUUAAAUUAGCUUUUAAAUUUUAAAGACUGUUUCAGACAAUGAACCAUGUAACCUAGGUUUUCAGAGAACUUAAGGUGUUAUGUCCUUGGAAACACCUGGUUUGCCAUUGACAAGUCAGAUGUCGGCUGUUUCUCCUCCAUCUUUAGGUGCUUUUUCUUAAGUGUGGUUCUAUUUGUACUGACACUUUUUACUUCCAUCUUCCAUGCACCCUCAGAGUGAAUAAAUCCAUGGGAUAUUGAAUUUGGUAUUGGUCCUAAAAAGUUUGAAAUGUUAAUAUGUUUUUUAAGCAGCAAUUAUAUCAACCCCUAAAGCAACCAGAUUAAUUUUCUGCUUAAAAUAGUUGAAGGGUAGCUGUGGAGGAGGAGGGAGCUUAUUUUAAAAUAUAAAAACCAGUUUUUCUUUUUUAAGAUUCAUGUUUUUAAUAUUAUAGGAUCCAGUAAAAUGUACUUAAUUAAUACAAGACCUAGGUAGUACAGAAAGUACACAAAAGUACAUUUAAAAUCCAUUUGGUUAUUUUGAUGGUGACCAUUUAUACACUUUAUAUUCUUUUCUGCCUUUCUAAAUGGUCUCUAUAAUGUAGGAAGUGGUUGUAAAGCACCAAGUAAGAAAUUACUUUAAAUGGAUUUUUAAAAAUAUUUUACUUGCAGGUCGGGGGAAAAAAUUAUCCCCUUUAUCUUGUUUGAAAUAACUAUUGUACAUAUUUCCGCUUGAUACGUAAAUCAUUAAAGAAAAAUAUUUAAUUAAUAAGUAAGUAUUAGCAAAGCUCUUCAGGUAUUAGCCUGAAGAAGAAUUUUAGUGAAACAAAUACAACUGGAUAUUCAUCAUUGCUCAGACUCUGCUGUGUUGUGUGUGUUGGUUUUUUUUUUUUUAAGCUAAUUUUAUUAGCUAAAUUUGGUCACAAAUGAUUUUGAUAUUUGAUUGCCUUCUGCUGCAUCACCUGCAAGGUAUAGAAAAAUCAGGAUUUGUUGGAUUUAAGAAAAUACAUGGCAUGUUCACUGUAUAUUAAAUAUACCUAUAUUUAAUGUUUUCUCUUAGGACAGAAAAGUGUACAUAUUGUAUUCUGCUUCCUGUUCAUUUUAUUUGCCAUGCAGAUUUGAAAAUAACAGACUCUCUAAUCUAGGUACAGAUUAUGAGAAAUGAAAAAUUUGUAAGAAUGUUCAUUAGUUGAAUUAGUUGAGGUUUCUGGGCAACAUUUUAUUAUAUACAUAUUAUUAGCUUGAUUCAGAUGUCUUAGGCCUUGAGUCAGCUUUAGAUUACUUAUUUUGAGAAUCCAUUGUUAAAAAUUGUAGAUUGGCCUUUUCAUAGAGGGUGGGAAGUGGAUAAGAUGAGUGUACUUCUGAAAAUUUCAUUAGUUUAUCUCUGUGGAGAAUACCAAGAAAACUUGUAUUUGCCCAUUGCUAAAUAAGACAUAUACCAUUUUAUAUUUAUUUGGUCCAAGUGUCUUUUUGUAAGAAGAGAAUAAACAAUAAAUAAUUACUGA